CGCUCUGCGACGGCGGAGUCAUAGAGACGUUCCGGCGGGGCCGGAGCCAGGGCCGGGGCCUGCGCGGGGACGAUAGCGGCGCGGCCCGAGCCCCGCGGCGGCGGCGGCAGCUUUGGUAUGGCGGCCGAAGGGAAGGUGGCGGGGCAGAGCCAGGAGCAGUUCCUGCUGCUGGCCAAGGCGGCCCGCGGCGCCGCCCUUGCCAGCCUCAUCCACCAGGUGCUGGAGGCCCCGGGCAUCUACGUCUUCGGGGAGCUGCUGGACAUGCCCGCCGUGCGGGAGUUGGCCGACACCGAGUUCUCGCCCGUCUUCCGCCUCCUCACCAUCUUCGCCUACGGCACCUACGCGGAUUACCUGGCUGAAGCAGCAAACCUCCCUGCCUUGACCGAGGCUCAGAAGAACAAGCUGAGGCACCUGUCGGUCGUCACUCUGGCAGCCAAGAUCAAGUGCAUCCCCUACUCCGUGCUGCUGGAGCAGCUGCAGCUGAAGAACGUGCGGCAGCUGGAGGACCUGGUGAUCGAGGCCGUGUAUGCAGAUGUGCUUCGGGGCAGCCUGGACCAGCGGAACCAACGCCUGGAGGUGGAUUACAGCAUUGGGAGGGACAUCCGGAGGGAGGAGCUAAGCACCAUCACCCGCACAUUGCAGGAGUGGUGCCAGGGCUGCGAGGUGGUCCUGUCGGGCAUUGAGGAGCAGGUCAGCCGGGCCAACCAGCACAAAGAGCAACAGCUGGCACUUAAGCAGCAGAUAGAGAGCGAGGUGGCAAACCUGAAGAAGACCAUCAAAGUAACUACAGCAGCUGCUGCAGCAGCUACAUCGCAAGACCCAGAGCAGCACCUAACGGAGCUGAGGGAGCCAGCCCCUGGCACCAACCAGCGCCAGGCCAGCAAGAAAACCUCCAAAGCCAAAGGGCUCCGGGGCAGCGCGAAGAUUUGGUCUAAAUCAAACUAGUUGGAUCUCCCGUCGCAACUGGGAGGGUGAGAGGAAGAGAUUUGGGGGACAGAAGGGUAGCAAAGGUCCCAGGUGUGAUGCUUCCGAGCUCUUCUCUGAGAUCCAUCUCGCCAGCUAAUUCUCCUGCAUGUUUGUUCCCUUUCCUGUCCUCUUUACCGGCUUCCCAGGGCAGCAUCUCCCUCCCUCCCGUUCAUCAAGGCAUUUCACACUCUAAGCUCCCAGCUGUGUGUGUUGCUGUUCCCCUGCCCCUCCAGCCACCACGGCCACCUGGUCCUUCCUCUGUCCCUCUCUCCCUCUGUCCCUGUCCUCUGACAGAUUGGUUUAAAGAGCCACAGAGCUGCGUCGGUCACUGCUGCACCCACGGGGCGCCACGGGAAGAGCGCGCUGGUGCUCCUCAGCCAUCGUUUUGGCUCCGUGAGACCCCUGGGAUACUUUGCUCCAGGAUGCAGCCGCCAUCUUUGUUUGUUUAAUCUUUGUUUUGCUAGGUGGGAGGGUAGUUUUUGAAGGGAUUCUUUUGAAAAUAUAUAAAUAUAUUAUAAAUAUAUAUAAAACCAUAAAAAUAUAGAUCUAUGGACAUGUCUCUAUAAACUUCUUGUGCUCCUGUU